AUGGGAUCACUUAAGGUACCGGACUCAAGUCGACUCCCGCCAAUUUACCGAUACUAUGGAGGGAGACGACCGGAGGGCCCCGCUGCUAGGUUCCGGCUCCGGCGCCGCGACUCGGCGCGGUCGCUGUGCAGCACCUUCAUGUCGCGGCUGCCCGACAAAGUACACGCCGGGCUCAACCCGGAGCGCCUCGCCGACCUCGACCUCUCCCGCGCCAAAGGCCUAUCCCAAGGUGUGAGAGAUGCUAACGUUGACAUUGAACUCUCGGAGGAUAUGCGGCUGAGAGAGGCACACACCAUCGGUGAAUCGCUGCAGGAGAAAAUUGAGAAGUUGCCUGAAGUCGAGCGGGCGUUUGUUCAUAUCGAUUUCGAGAGCACUCAUAAUCCUGAGCACAAAGUCAGGAGCAGGCUGCCGUCUACUGAUCCCUGA